CGCGACCCCGGUUACGCUGGCUGCGUAACGGUCGUCCACAAGAAGCAGAGGUCAGUAGUGACCCCGGGUCAGGUCAGGUCACUAGCGUGCUGCGGAUGGAGAGGCUGACCCGAGAUGACCUGCACGCGCGCCUGCAGUGCUCGGCAGAAAACAGCAACGUGACCCAGCCGGCCACGACCGAGGUGCUGGUUGACCUCAGCUUUCCGCCACUCUCUGUGACGAUCCUUGGCUCGCACCUGACACCGAUGACGGCCCAGUGGAACUACAGUCUCGUAUGUCGCAGUCAGGGCUCUCGGCCAGCAGCCAACAUUACCUGGUGGCUGGACGGGGAGCGGCUGCGCGGCCAGGCUGACACGGUUUCCAAGGACGGUUCAGUAACAACCAGCACGGUGCCAUUCAGACCAGAAACACGUGACCACGGCCGCCAGCUAGUGUGCCGGGCCGAGAACAGUCACGUGACCCCGGCGGCCAUGGAGGCGAGGCGACUGCUCGACGUGCGAUAUCCUCCUACCGUCAAAAUAAGUCUUGGAAAGGCUCUUGACCCGACCGGCAUUCGGGAGGGCACUGACGUCUACUUCGAGUGUAGCAUUACCGCCAACCCGGCUGCCUUCACCGUCACCUGGCUACACAACGGUGAGAAGCUCCAGCCGUCUCUGCGACCCGGCGCCGGUGACCAGGUUACCAUCAACGCGCGCAGUCUGGUGAUCAGAAACCUGACGCGCUCAGCGGCAGGCAGCUACGCCUGUACGGCAGUGAACCCCGAGGGUAGUGGGGAGAGUCCACCGGUGCAGCUCAGCGUCCAGUACGCGCCCGUGUGCUCGCCCGGUCAGCGGCUGCAGUACGCCGUGACCCUGCACCAGACCACCCGGGUGACCUGCCAGGUGGAGGCCGUACCUCCCGAGGUCACCUACAGAUGGCAGUUCAACAGCUCUCUGGAGACACUCGACCUGCCGUUCUCUAUGAGUUCCGCACACGGCCUCAGCAGCACGGUUUCCUAUACACCGACCACAGAGCUGGACUUUGGUCAGCUCCUCUGCACGGCGGAAAACAAGAUCGGCCGCGCCGCGGCGCCCUGUGUGUUCGACGUUGUUCUGGCAGGUCCUCCGAGUGCUCCGGCCAACUGUUCGCUGCUCAACCAGACGUCCGAGUCACUGCUGGUCGCCUGCUCCGGAGGAGGUCCCGGUCACAGCGACGGCACCGCGGCCGGCGCUCGGGAGAGGUCAUUCGUGGCCGAGCUGUAUGCCGUUCCCGACGGCCGCCUUCUGCAGAAUGUGAGCUCGCCAGUACCGAGCUUUGAGCUGCGGCGGCUGCCGGCUGGCCUGGAGCUCCGGCUGGAGCUGUAUGCGGUCAACAGGCACGGAAGGAGUGCGGCGGUGCUACUGGAUGGAUUCAGCCUCAAAGCUGCAGAGAAACGGAUGAGAGCCGAGACUGGGGACCAGGCCGAGUCGGUUGUGCCCCUGACGCCGGCCCUGGCCUGUCUGGCCGGUGCCGCCGUCUCGCUGGUUCUCGUCACCGUGGGGGCCGUCAUCUGCACACGAAACAGCCGCCGCAGGUCGCACCACACGGUGGCCGACAGAAGUUCGGACCAGCACAUCCUGCAGAAGGCGCUCAGCAGCGGCUUCGAGCGCGGUAUGGACGAUGCCGAGGCCGAGCCGGCGCGGGUACUGACUGUCUGUCAACUGGAGGACAGCAGUCCCGACGUGGUGCCCUGUCGACCGGAACACCAUCACGGGCCAUGCGAAUCGGCCCAUCUGUUGAACCACAUCAGUACAGAGGCCCCGAACAGCUUCAUACCGGAGCAGGGCGUCGCAGCCAGCAGCAGAAAACUGAGGCACACGGGUGGUGGAGGUGGGGGCUCACGCGAGCGGUCGGCGGUGCGGGUCGAACGCAGGACACCGGCUGCGCACGACGCCGGAGAACACAGUCACCUGGCGGCUGCCCUGCUCAGCAGCCAGCAUGAGAGCAUUGUGUGAUACGGCAGUGACGAGAUUGAGUGGAUGGGGAACGGGAUUAGUGUCAGAUCUCAGUGAAUAUGCGAAACUCAAACUCAUAUGAGUGAACAAUUGGACAUGUGUUUGGAAGGGGACCGUGAAUGGCGCUAAAACUCCGUGGACAUGAAACUCUGCGGUCUCUCGGGAGCUGAGGAUCGGGAGGGGUGCCAGAAGUUUGUAAAAAAAUGUUUAACUCAGUGUUGAUUAUUUCUGAACAAUGUAACGGCAUGGAGUCGUGUGAUACUGACAAAAGACAAUGCUGAACAAUCGACGUGAUACUCGUCCUAGUCACCAGUAGCGGCGGAACACCUUCAAUUGGGGGGGGGGGGGCACUGCCGACUUUUGGUCCCAUUCUUUCCAAGCAACGCCCAUAGGGAUAAUGUUAAAAUGGCAAAAUCAAGGGGGGCGGGGGGGGGGGGGGACACGGUGCCCCGGUGCCCCCCCCCUCCGUUCCGCCGCCAAUGCUAGUCACCAGCAGUGAUUUGGUCACCAUUGACUGCCAGUGACCCGAAAGGUUUGAUGCAUAGCUUCUGGAAUAAAAUACAAAUUAGGAGCAAACUGUAAUUGGGAUUGGAAUGAUAUCUAACAUGAAAUUACAAACUCUCAAUAGAUGACUUAAGACUAGAGCGUUUUUCUUUAUAAAUAAAUGUUUUGUGUGCUCUGUAAUAGGCAUAAUUUAGUGUGGUGAUCACGCGAAGAUAUUUGUCACAAAUGCCAUACAGUUGGUAAGCUUGUAUUUUUGUGCCUACUGCCUAGUUCAUUGUGACGUGGAUGAACUUCAUCGUUGCUGUUACGUGGCGCUCACCCGUUUGUAUUUGUAAUAAAAGGAUGAAUUACUU